AUGGCUGAUGGAUGUUUACCUGCGUGCGACAUCAGCCGCGAUGUCAAGAACUUCAAACCGGCUGGGGCUGCCCUCCGGGCAAAGGUAGUCUCAGCUGGCUUUCCAUGCCAGGACGCCUUCGACGUGGAACCCAACUUGGAUGCGCCCUGGAACGCGGAUAGUUCUUUGCCAGUCGAAGAGUGGUUGACCGAGUUCCAAUCGGAACAGGACCGUCAACGCCUCAAGACAAUGGGCAAUUUGGUUGUCCCGUUGCAAGCAGCCAAAGCGUUGUCAGUCUUGUCACAUGUCAGGCGUGAGUUGGAUUGA